AUGGACGCGGCUUCUCGCCCUGCCGUGGUCAUCGACAAUGGCACCGGGUAAGGAGGAUUCUCUUAGCUUUAUAUGCUCCUGUUGGAAUUCUUAUGCAUGCGCGAUUUCUGGUUCGAUAAUAGUAGGUUCUCUGGAUAUCGACUGUAUGCGGAAUUGGGAUGUGAAUGCUGACGUUCAGUGAGAGUGUGGAGUUCAUCUUCAUGGGGGAUUUUAACCGCUAUGCCUCCCUCUUGAGUGGGUUUCUCCUUGACUUGGGACUCUUAGAAUAGCUUUUUGUUUGCAACAACAUUUCAAAUUAUUUGGGUUUCUCCCUUCCACUUGUGAUGAACUGCGCGUGUGUACUGUUUCAUUUCCUCGUGCUGCCCCUCAGUAGCUAGCCUCUUCAUAAAAUUCUAAAUGUGUUUUUCUUUGAACUUUACUGCCAGUUUUUCGUCCAUUAUCUCUUUCAAUGCGAAUUCUUUUGGCAUGAGGACUCUGGAUGCUUGCCUCGUUUGGUAUAGUAAUAUCGAUUGGUUUGGUAUAGUAAUAUCGUUUGGUAUACAUCAUACACUCAUUUUUACCCUGUUUUUAUCUCCUCUAGGUAUACCAAGAUGGGGUUUGCUGGGAACGUGGAGCCUUGCUUCAUUAUUCCGACUGUUGUAGCUGUCAACGAAUCUUUCCUUAAUCAGUCCAGGGCUUCUAGCAAGGGAAAUUGGUUGGUACAGCACAGUGCUGGUGUAAUGGCUGAUCUUGAUUUUUUCAUUGGGGACGAGGCUCUUUCACGAUCUCGUUCCAGCGGUACAUACAACCUCAGUUAUCCUAUUCAGCAUGGCCAGGUAGACAAAUGUCAUUUCAGGUUUCCUCUUCUCCCCUCUUGGAAACUGUAACUCAGUAUCUUAAACAGGUGGCAAAUUGGGACGCAAUGGAAAAGUUCUGGCAGCAAUGUAUAUUCAACUACCUACGCUGUGAUCCUGAGGACCAUUACUUUCUCCUGACAGAGAGCCCUCUAACUGCUCCAGAAAAUCGAGAGUAUACUGGGGAAAUUAUGUUUGAGACAUUUAAUGUUCCUGGACUGUAUAUAGCAGUCCAGCCUGUGUUGGCUCUUGCUGCGGGAUACACAACAUCGAGGGUUGGUAUUGUCUAUUUUUAGUAUUAGGUGCCUCUAACAUUCAUUUCACAUUAUCUUUUCUUAUUUUCGCUCAGUUGUCCGUAAGUCUCUUCUUUUUUCAUUUUAUCCCAAUGUAGAUGUUGGGUUGCCUGGGUAUUUGGAAAAUAUAGUGUGAAUGAAAUCUGACUAUUUAGAUCUUCCAUGAGAAAUUUAUUUUCUUUUUAUCUAAAUUAACAUUUUCACAAGUUCUGUGUACUAAAUCGGUGUAGUUGGCAUUCAGUCUCAGCUUUUUUUGACAGCUCUGGUGUUUCAAUCUCAUUCAGCAGCAACAUCCUCCUUAUGUUCACACUAUAAAUUUAGCUCAUAGAAUCAGCAGAGAAAAUACUUUGUUUUGGUCCUAGCAUAGCUUCCUAGCUACAUGACAACUAUUAAAAGUUCAGCUUCAAAUCUCAAAUAAUACAAUGGCGAAUGAUAAUGGGUGCUCAACUGCUUUGAUUCGUUAAACCAGCCAGUUUUCUUGAGUCUAGGAAUUCAAGAAGUGACUAUGGUUAUGAAAGGGGGUUGGAUUUCAGAAGUGAAAGAGGGUCACUAGUUGUUGAUGCAUGAAGGACUGAACAUCCUUCUUAGGGGUGAAAGCCAUAGUUUUGAUAAAGGGUGAAGUGUAGACUGGACAAAUGUGGUCACUGUAUGUAAUAUAGUGUAUAUUUCUCGUGGCAUAUUUUAAUUAUCAGGGAUCUACCCAUACUUUUUAGAAAAGUCCGCACUUACCUUGGUCUUUUGCUGAAUGCAAAUUUUUGAUAAUCGUGAGCAUAUUGUUCUGUAGAUUCAUAAAUUACCACAUUAGUAGUUCUAUUAUUUCCUAGAACAAUGUGCGUUUCUACUGAUAUGCGAUCUGCCUAAUGGGUGGAUCUAAUACAGACAUGAGAGCUUCAGGAUUACAGGAUCCUUCAAAAGAUUUGAAUGUCAGAUCGAUGAGAAUUAUGCAUAAAAAGCUAUUCUCAAUCAAAUAUAAUAAUCUUUCUUAAUCGUAUUGUUUGAGCUGUUUUACUCCUUUCAGCAUUAUUUUCAAAUCCAAACUUUUUAGAAUUUUGGUAACUCAGAAAGUAAAAAAAGCUAGCUAAAAGGUGCUGAGUCCGUUGUGACUCAAACUGGCUAUAAGUGACUUGGCUUUGAUGUGUGAAUCUGUAGAGAAGAUUUUGAGAAACAGUAGACUUCAAAAAAACUUAAAAAGCCUUCCAAUUUCGUAUGGGAGAUCUCAGUGCUAUUCAUAGACCUAUGUCUUUGAAAACUUCAUCCAAUUUGUGCUUACGAGAGGUGAUAUAGGAUUGGCAAACCAAUCAAACGUAUUAUAUUUUUGCCAAAAAUAUAAUGGAAAUGGGGUCAUGCCCAUUUUAUGGAUAAUCCACUUAUAUCAAAGACUGUGUGUUGCCUCGCUUGUACGAGAAAUAUGAGCAGAAUGUCUUCCAGAAUCUCCUUAUCUGAUUUUUUCUUCCUGAAGACAAAUGGUUUGGUUCCUUUCUGAGCUCCUCAUUUAGAGACAUGGGAAUACAAUCAUUUGGACGCUAUUUGAUCUUUUUGGGAAUGGCCUUGCCAUUACACUCCUACUUAUCCUUGUUCCAUUUGUGAGAUUCAAUCCUGCAAAAUCAUGCUGAGAAGCGCAUCUCUCUUGUUCCCUGCAAUAAGUAUAAAGAGGCAUAGACAACGGAAGAAGCAGUAUAUGGGCUUCAGUGGUCAUGAAUACAAUUUCAGAGGAUGAAUAAUCAUCUCAAUCUCUGUAUUCACAGGGAGAUUGAUUAAUUACUUUCGCUUUUUAUAUGUAAGAACCCUAAAAACUAAGAAUCACAAUAUAAAAAAUAUAAAGAAUUAACCGAUCCAUGCUUUUUCGUGUCACUUUAUUUAUUAUCGGUAAGUUUCUCUGACCCUGAUUUGGUUCGAUAGUCUCUUGUUUUUAGUUUACUCUCCUGUUAUAUAUUUAUGAAUAGCAAUAUUGUGACAAAGAAGAUAUAAGCAUCAGUCUUCUAAAUCAUCUAUCCAAUGUAAAAAAUUAAGUUCCCCAUAAGUCACACAGCGAGAUCUUCAGUUGUAGACUUAUGCAGUUGCUCAUGGAGACUAUGUCGUCCUUGUAGUUCUGAUAUUUCUUCUUUCUUCAGUUUAUUUAAGUCUGGUUACUUUUUAAUGCGAGCAGGGCAUACCUCAGGCUAUAUUUUAUCCCCUUCUAUUUUCCCUGAACUGUUCCUUUUUUCUAGGUAUUCCCUUUCUAAGAAUCCUUGGUAGCUUGAAAAUGUGCCAGGCUAUACUCCUGUCUCUGAGAUGCUGCCUUUAGUAAUCUAUUUGAGCUUUGAACAUAAAGUCAAUGGGCAUUAAGUUCAGUUAUCCAUAAACGGCACCCUCUAAACAUUUUCUUUAUAAUGCAGGAACUUAUGACUUUUUUCGUCAUAAUCUCGUAUGGAUAAUGAUUAUAUGUUUGGGUACAGGAGCAACUUGGGCUUGCUGUGACAGAAUUUUUUAGGACUAGGCAUGGUAGACCUAAAGCCACAUAUACAAUCUUUGCUUCUGAAGGCCUAAAUUUUCAUGCCUACUAGAUGACUUAAACGAAAAUCAUUAAUCUUUAGCACAGAGUGGCUGAUGAGUGACUAGUCGAGCUAGUUGAUUUCGACAAAUAGAAUGCAUGUUGAAAAAUUAUUCAAUACAUUUCUGAAGUUUUUAUUGUGUAAAAUAUUUUUUAUGCUACUAAAAUGGUUGAAGGAAUUAGCUCAUAAUAAGUGAUUACUCAUGCAACUUAUGAAAGUUUAAUUCAGUCAAUAUUGUGUUUGAGGUCUUAACUACUUGAAGGAAUGAGCUCUUUAGAGAAAAGAUGUUAUGUAUGUCUUCCUUUUCUAACCAAUACCUUUCUCAGUGCGAAAUGACAGGAGUUAUUGUCGAUGUUGGAGAUGGGGGUACACAUGUUGUUCCAGUUGCUGAUGGGUAUGUUAUUGGAAGCAGCAUGAAGUCUAUUCCAAUAUCAGGGAAAGAUGUCACCUUGUUUAUUCAGCAGCUUUUGCGGGUACUUCCUAGAGGACCUCUUUUUUUAGUUUGUUCUUUGUUUUCUUGCAUUAUUAAACAAUCUACUCUUUUUUAUGUACAUAGCUCGUGCAUUGAUGACAAUCACGCCACAUGUGUGCAUAGCUCGUCUUCUCAUACUAGUUUCUACAUGACUGAUGGCUCAUCCCGCUUUUGCCAUUCUCUUUUUAGUUAUCAUUUUCCUGAUGCCCCUCAUCAAACUUUUUGUCUUGUCCUUUAUUCUACUAAACCUAGUUAAACAGAUGCAUUAACAUCUGAAUCUAGUAGAACAUUUGCCUUCUACUCUGAAGGCUGUUAUGAUGUGAGCAGAUAUUCAAUUUAACUUAGUAUGAAGUCAUUUUCUCUUCAAUUAAGUUUUAUUUGUCAUGCCAUUGUUAUCAUGAAAACUAGAUCGCUUAAUUGGAGAGAAUCUGAUUCUAUACAUAUUCUAUCCUGGUUGAUAUUGUCCUUUUCCUUGUCGUUGCCAUUCUCUUAUAAAUUAAUCCCCUUUGUUUCUUAUUUAUUCCUGUCCACUUCACGCAGAGAAGUGAUAACCUACACAUUGAAAUCUAGUUGAAAAAUCUUUUUAGCAGUGAUAUAUUGUGUGCCUUCCUUUUUCUUUUUGCAUUAUGAGCCUGGUUUUACCAUUUUAAUUUUGAUGUAUAUAGAUGCUCAGUGUAAUAAAUCUUGAAACUGUUUUCUUUCAUUUGUUCAAAUGUAAAAGAAAUUUAACUUCUUCAAAAUGUCUCACUUCAGAACAGAUUUCAUCAGUAAGCAUUUAAAUUCCCGCACAAGCUUGAUCUCAUACCAGGCGCAGUGGAACAACUAUUGUGAUCUCCUUCAUUAUUUGCAAACAUAUGCAAUUGAUUAGAGGUUUAUGUAGCAAAAAAGUUAACUUAUUGAAGAAUUUAAUAUUUGCAGUUUAAACUCGAGCAUACGGCUUAAAAAACUGCUUAAGUUCAAAAUAAAAUGGCUGGAUUACAUUGGGCUUAUUGGCCCUUGUUCGAGUUCAGAAAAGCCCAAUACAUUUUUCUUUGGAUGUUCUCAUUCUUUGUUCUCGGGUGGUUCAGUCCGUUUUGGACCUGUAUUUGCGUAAUUUAUCACUGAUGGUUGGCAUCAUGAUCAUUCAGCUCCAACAUAUAGUUAAUGUCUAGAGAACAAUCUUAUGUCGUUUCCAUAUCAUGUUGGAAGGGGAAAGAGCUGACAAAUAGUGUUACUCAGAAGACAGUCUCCGCAUUAGGAUAUUUCAUCCAUAAGUUAAUAAUCAAGUGGCGGUUUUUCAUGCGUGGAAAAUCUUGUAUAAUGCAGAAAUUCAUUUUUUACUUCAGGAAUGGUGCAGUUUUUGCAAAUGCUUUACUUGAAAACUCCUAUUAAAAUAUCCACAUUUUUUAUUGAUUUCCUUGCAUUCACUAUUACGAUGCUGCUGACACUUGUACAACCCAUUUUUGAUGGAGGAAUAAUCUUUUUGUUGAACCUAUGUUUCUUUUUUUCGAUUUUAAUCUCAGAAGAUGGGUUUUCUUAGAUAGGCAUCAUGGUUCAUUUUCAUAAAUAAUGUAACAAAUUUUAUUUGUGUCUCUGGUCUAAUGCAGAAUCAAAUUUCUUGUAAGAAGAUUAGUUUUCCGUAUUUUCAUGGAAUUCAUUGUAGUUUCUGAAAAAUUGAUUAAAUUGGUUCUCUAAUUUCUCUUAAUUUCAUGUUUCCCAUAGGAAAGGGGAGAACAUAUACCUCCAGAAGAUUCUUUUGAUGUUGCUCGAAAGGUUAAAGAGAUGCAUUGUUACACUUGUUCAGACAUAGUAAAGGUAAUUCCAAGUCUCUCAUAGUUUUGGCUACUGAUGAUGAUGGAAAUAUAGGUACCACCCAGCGAAAUUACUUUCGAAUUGAUGAUGAUGGUGCCAACGAUUCACUUGUAUUUCUAAUUGGGAAUAUUUAUAUUGUUAAACACACAUGUAGUCCUCGUUUGUAAUUGUUUUUUUGAAGUUGUUCAGUUCAGAAAUGUAAAUGAAUUUUCUUUGAUUUGGCUGAUUGUUUUGUCUGUGGAGGCAGGAGUAUAACAAGUAUGACAAAGAGCCCUCCAAAUACAUUAAACAUUUUACUGGCGUCAAACCAAAAACUGGAGCACCAUACUCAUGCGAUAUUGGCUACGAAAGGUUCCUUGGCCCUGAGGUGGUUUUUUGAUGCCUUACUCACAAUUUCUUUGCGCCUGUUUUACAAUAAUUGAUUAGAUAAAGCCUCCUAUGUUACCUGUUUCUUUAAUGAGGGAAAUAAAAGGAAUUUAUAAUUUUAAAUUUAAAAAAUAGUUCAUGAUAUAUAUAUAGCCACAGAGCAUGUACAUACUGAUAAUUUAUGAUUUAAUAUUUUUUUAAAAUUAUUGAAACAUUGAUUCUUGUGUCAAGAAAAUAGUUGUGAUAUCAACCUGUGUAGCACUUGUGUCACUUUUGCUGGGAUUUCUAUCUUCUCAUUAAUCCUUAUCUGAACUUAUGUCUGUCUCAGUUACCUUUAGUGGUGUUAGUACAGUGAUUUGUGCAGAGUGAAUCUUUACCUUGUGCUAUGCUGCUCAAAGUCGGUGUUUGAAUUCUGUCUCACCCUCUAACUCGUGCUGUCACUGCUGUUGAAGGGAUUUUAGGAUUUUGAUUCUUUGUAUUGCAUCCUUGUUUUGAUAAUCCAUAUUAUUCUUUUUAUUCGUUAUUCUUUUUUAUCAUUUUACUACCAGUUUUCCUAUGUGGCAUCUCACCCUGGAAGACACGGGAUGUGAUAAGAUUAGUUGCCCAUCUCAUGGCUCAGGGCAACUUCCACGACAGUCCUUUUCUCUGAGAGCAGUGUCAUCUCUUUUUCUACUGAUAACAUGCUUCAAUUUGUGAAGUCUUUUGAACUUUAACUUAAUAGUUUUUUAUUGAUCAUAUUUUCUCUGAUUUGAGUCAAAAUCAUUGUUGAGUUUUUGGAGUAUCAAUUAAGGUGAAGACAAUUAAUGUGUAAAUUUAUUUUACUUUAUUUACUUAGAAUAGCUUUUCAUGCUCUGGAAUGUUGUACCAACAUGGUGUGGCUCUGUUUUAUCUUUUUAUCUUUGGUAGAUUGCCUAAAUAAUUUACUGAGUGAUACUCCAAAGUCAAUUUCUAUUUACUAAACAAUAUACUGCUGAAUAUAGUUCACUGUCAAUUUAUGUUUUCUUUUACAAACGCCACAUGCAGCUUAUUGAUAUGUUUCGAAUUGUCCUUCGGCUUCUUAAGUCUUAUUUUUCCAUUAUUAUUUUGGGUAGAUUGCUGGUAUCCAACUUUAAAUGCUAUUUUCUCUGCGAAGACAAGUUGCCCCUCCAUUGCCUUUGUCCACCAUUGGUUGAUGAAUUUUCUGCUCUUUAUACUAUAUUUGCAGAUUUUCUUUAAUCCAGAGAUUUAUAGUGAUGAAUUCACCACUCCACUGCCUUCAGUUGUUGACAAGUGCAUCCAGUCAGCACCAAUCGACACUAGGAGGGCUCUUUAUAAGGUUCAUAUGCCAGGAAAUAUUGUAGUAUUAAAAGGUUAAUUUUUAAAUCAGUGAAUUUUUAUUUGACGACAAUUUUGAACCAUAUUCAGAAUAUUGUGUUGUCUGGAGGUUCAACCAUGUUCAAGGAUUUCAAUAGGAGGUUGCAACGAGAUUUAAAGAAGAUAGUAGAUACCCGUAGUCUUGCUUCUAAUGCUCGCCAUGGUGCAGACAUAAAGGUUGGCAUUGAGUAUUUAAUGAUUUCAGUUUAUUCUCGUUACAUCACUAACACAGACUCCUCUCAUUCCAGUCUCAACCUGUUGAAGUCAAUGUGGUGAGUCAUCCAAUUCAAAGGUUUGCAGUUUGGUUUGGGGGGUCUGUGCUUGCAUCAACAUCUGAAUUCUAUGAGGUAUGACCGCAUUCAAAUGUGAAUACAUUUUAGUCUGCUUUAUGUAGUGAUUUUUUUUGCCGUUUGAAAUAUAUAAUUCGUGUGCACUUAUUAAUUUAGCUCGAUUAUUUUAUUGCAGCAUGUUUAUUCGGAAAACUGUCUCAGUUUCUAAAUAAUUUUUGAAUUUAUUUAUCAAGCCCCAUAGAUCUUAAUAUGAGAAAAGGCCAAAUGCCCUAAAUUUAUGAUCUGAAAAAUUUACAGUGGGAACAAAAGUAGUAAAAAAGGUUACAAGAUAUCACAAUUUUUGAAAUGACGAAUGCCAACUUACGGUUCAGCCCGUUAAGAUAUGCGCCAGACGGCAUAUGUAGUAUAAACUGAUUUAGAGCUCGCUGAUCAGGAUAUUUUGGUGGUAUUGCUGUAUGCAAUUUUCUCAGCUUUUCAUCAUGGUAGCUGUCCUAAAUUUUUAUUGAAUGCUCUUUUUUAUCUUUCCUUGAGUGCGGACUGCUCUGAUGAAGACUAAACAGGAUAUUAGAUUGGGUUAACCGUAGCAUACACAAUAAAUGGGAUAGAACUGUAUUGACAUUGGGAUCUUGACAAAGGCUGCCGAUGAUCACAAGAAACUGGCGAUGUUGAGGGUUAGAUAGAGGAUAAUACGGUGCUAGUUUCUCAAAGAAAUUGCUAACUUAUGCAAGUCCGGGAUUAUAUUCACAUAUAUUAAAAGUCCUCGGUGGAAGUUUCUGAACACAUUUUAUCUUAUGGACAUCUCUCCUUCAACCGUGAUGUAAACAUUCGAUAGGUAAGGAUCUAAGGCAAAGGCCUCACUUCUCUUACCGAACCUUUAUGUUUGGGGUUUUUAGGCUUUCUUCUAAGCAGUUGUUUCUCAUAAAAGCUAUCUUCUCACCUCGUUCGCAAAUCAUAAGACUACUGACCACGUUGAUCUUUUUAGUCACUUUUACAACUUUGAUAUUGUGUAGAUUAUGUAUUUAUUUCUUUAUUAUGUUUUCAUGACCCAACUCAGCAUAAAACUUUGAUAUUGUCUACGGGUUUUGAAUAUCACCGUAUAGUUUCUUACGAAAUCAGAGCUUCUGGUUAUAGUUAAGCAAGUUCAUCUAAUUUUUUGCUACCCGGUUCUUUUAAAGAUUGAAGAUUCAAAUAAGGCAAACUAUGAUGAAACCUUUUAAUAAAUGUUUACUGCGAUUUAUAUCUCCCGGUAUCAAAUAUACAACGCAGUCUUUAUCAAAGUUUCAUCAUUCAAAUAAUGCUAUCAAGCAACCAGCAUGGAUGUUGGGUGUAUGGAAAGUAACACUUGGGACUGGCUUAGAAACACAAAAUCGACAGCAAAGGGUGAAUGCUUGAAGUUUUUUAAGCAAUGGAAGUUUUGACGGAAAUUGAAAUCCCAUCAGUAAAUUUCAUACAAACCAACUUCCAUCUCACCUUCUUUUAGUUCCCUAUGACCACAAUGUGACAUCAGAAUUUCGGUGAAAAGUAGGCAAAUUAUGCUUGAGUCUCGUAUUUUAUUGAAUGCCAUUGUAUUAUCAAUAGCAUUAGAUAGAGUGUAGGCUAGACUAUUCAGAUAUGCGUUUUCUUGGAUUCAUAGAAACUUAAAAGAGUUGGUGAAGAACAGGUGGAUAGAGUCCAUAGUUUUUUGACAAAGCAUGUUCUUCAUAUAUGGGUGCAGAACUGGUAGAGGAUUUAAUGUUGGGGAGGGGGGAAAAGGAGCUAGACUAUAAAAUAACUUGGUGUUUCAAAGGGUGAGAUUUUUUCUGAGAAGAAUUAAAUAAUAUGAUUGAGCGAAUGACCGAUAGUUUUUAAAUGGGAAAGGAAAUAUCAAAAAGCUCCUUCCUCUCUUAUUUUUGUCUGAAAAAUGAAUCAUGAGAGUUUCAAGGACUGCUAAUGGAGCCGACUCUUUUACUGUUGAAUGGCUCAGAUAAAUAAGUACCCUGGAACACCCUUAAAGCCUGAUGAAUUUCUCAGCCAGAAGAUUCCCAUUGAAUCACCCAAAGCACAGCUGACGAUGACGUCUCCCACCACUCUUCAUCUGAAUUAUGUUAAAUGACCAAGUCUACUGAGUCUUAAGCUCUUAAGCUUGGUAGCUUGGUAGCUCUCUAGGUUUUUGAUAUUACAUCAAAGAUACAAUAUUCCAUUAAAAGGGAUCAAUGGUUUCCACAUAGCGUACUGCAUAGUUCGUCUAGAUUUCUGGUUGAUAUGAGAAAACUUGCAGAAGUCUCUGAGUAUCAAUCGCCUGAAAGAUAGCUAUUUUUCCAAUAUCACGUUUUACACAUUUCAUCAUAAGCUAUGUGUUGUAAAUGGAGAAACGACCUCUGUCACGGAGGACAGGGGAGAACGGGGGAAACCGCCUCAAUUCCAUUCAACCAUUACACCCCUUAAUAUAAGGAGAAAUCCUACACUUUUCCAAAAACAUCCUCAACUAAUUACACUAUUUUCCUACGACCUAGAUAUUCCAGUACUAUGGCUCUUUUUAACUGUUAGAUGUAUUUCAAUUGUUAUGCAUUGAUUAGGGUCGGCAAUAGAUUACCUAUAGUUUUUUGUUAAUCUUUUUCUAAACAGCCAGUAGUGGUUACUGAUGAAAGGCUGUCUCUCUUGUCCAUAGUCAAGCAUCCUAAGGAACCAACGAAGUCUGAGCUCAGCCGCAUGUGUAUCCCAUACCAUUCUUGAUAGAGGAGACAUGAUCUCCAACCUCAAACAGGAGAAUUUUUUUGUUUCUUUAGUCCCAAAAUUUUUGUUUCUACUUAUAACCCUAUGAUGGAAUAACAUGCUAUGCACCAGAAUGCUAAUCUUACACAACGGAGACUGUUUCUGACUGUCAAGAUCUAGAAUUCUGUCUGAAAAUAGUUGAACAAAGUAUAAUAUUGAUCCUACACCAGAUCAUGGAACAGGCAGAUAAACUAAUAUGAUUAGCAUUUAUGAUAUAAUAAAAUAAUAAUUUAUUUUUGCUCUUAUGGCCACUUGCGUCUAACUUAUGCAUGUAAUAAUAGAAACUAUGAUGCUUCAAACACUAUUAAUUAGAACCCCAUCAGAAAGGAUGUCCAUGACGAUCAUUUUUGUUCUAAAUAUUUAGCUGUGCUUACUGCAUUGUGUUGGAGGUGGAAGGAAAUCUGAUGUUCUUAACUUCUGCAGGCCUGCCACACGAAAGCAGAGUACGAGGAAUAUGGGGCCAGCAUUUGCCGUACAAACCCCAUCUUCAAAGGGAUGUACUGA